GAUCGCUGCUAUUGGUCAGCCUCGAAAGUUCAAAUGUUUAUUUUUUGGUGCCUUUGCCUUCUAGCAAAAAUCAAAACUUCCCUGUCUGAUAAAAAAAAAAAAAUCAUACUCUGUAUUUCAGUAUAAAAUAUUACUAUAAAUGUCUUUUUUUCCGGCACAGUUGGUUUCAGUGCAAGUCGGAAGCCUCCGUGUUCUCGUCUGUUCGGGCUGCGGCAGCGAUUGCCUAACUGCUUGGCAAAACCCAAUGGGCCAUAAUGUUUUUGGUUUUGUCUUUAUUAUUCUAGUAGUAUGAAUGUGGCCUUCACCAGCAAGUUGCCUCCGAAGCAACCAUCUUUGCGUAAACGAUCACGAAACGGUUGGAGUAGCUGUUUGAGCCCUGCCAGGAAGAAAGGCAGCGGGAAGACGGCGGUGCAGAUCCCAGCCAUGUCGUCCAGUCCUCGGCAGCAGUACUGCAGUGAUGAUGAAGACCUGUUUGGGGAUUAUGACAGCUUCGGCAAUGAUAGCUCCUUCUUAGCAAAGCUUGAAGACAUAGAAAAGAACUUUGAACCCUCGUCCAGUACCACAAACGCCUGUGGUGAACAUGGUGAUACCAGUGUUUCAUCUGACAGAAUUUCCCCAGUGCAGUCUAAUAUAAAUGUUCUUCAUCCUUGUCUUGAAAACAAAACCUUUGCCUCAUCAGCAGUUUUAAGUGGCAGAAAAAAGGUGAAAACCUGCCAUUUUAAUUCUACAGAUGAUAAUAAGUAUGCAUCUGAUACAAUGGAUGACUUUUGUCAUGAUAUUCAGGCCUCCCAGAAAACUUUAAUGAAAGCACAGCAGCCUAGUAUUGUGAGACUGAGGGAUGUGGGACAGACUGGAUAUGACAAUUCAACGGAGGAGAAAGUGUCCUCCUCUGUUAAACAUAAAGUUAGCAAUGAGAAAGACGUACAAAUGCCUAACAGAAGGAAGAGUCUAAAAGACAAAAUAAAACGCACCAUGGCAGGCAAUGCCAUCGCACAGUCGCCUCAGGUCUCAAAGGCGAAGCAACAGAAAGAGGAAGCAGUGACUGAAGAGAUUAAUGUAGCUAUCAACACAAUAAAGACUACCUCGGGAGUUGAUCUUGGACCAUUUUUUGGUUUGCCAAGCAAGGUUAAAGAAUUGAUUUCCCAGCUAAAGGGAAUUAAAGAGUUGUAUGAAUGGCAAAAAACCUGUCUGACAUUGGAGUCUGUGAAGCAGAAGAGAAACCUUAUAUAUUCUUUGCCAACCAGCGGAGGGAAGACUUUAGUUGCGGAGAUCCUUAUUCUAAGGGAACUUCUUUGUUGGAAGAAAGAUGCUUUGUUUAUUUUGCCAUAUAUAGCUAUCGUGCAAGAAAAGGUCAGGGGUCUUUCUGCAUUUGGCUUGGAACUCGAUUUCUUAGUUGAAGAAUAUGCUGGCAGUAAAGGCAGAUUUCCUCCAAUCAAGAGGAGACAGAAGAAUUCGCUGUACAUUGCCACCAUUGAAAAAGGACACAGUCUUGUGAAUUCCCUCAUAGAGACGAACAGGCUUGGGAAUGUAGGUCUCGUAGUAGUGGAUGAGUUGCACAUGCUGGGGGAAGGAAGCAGAGGUGCGAUUUUGGAAAUGACACUGGCCAAGUUCCUUUAUGCAAGUACACCAACACAAAUUAUAGGUAUGAGUGCAACUCUCAAUAACAUUGGAGAUCUGCAGCAGUUCCUUAAAGCUGAGAAUUACACCAGUGACUUCAGACCAGUCCAGUUAAAAGAAUAUGUUAAACUGGCUGGCUCAAUCUAUGAGGUCGACUGUAAAGAAGAGCAGUACUUCAAAUUGUCUCGUCCUUUAAAUUUUAAGUACAGCAGUAAUCUGCAGAAGAUAGAUCCAGAUCAUUUAAUUGCUCUUGUGACUGAGGUUAUUCCAAUGAAUUCCUGUCUGGUGUUUUGCCCAACCAAAAAGAAUUGUGAAAAUGUGGCGGAAAUGAUCUGCAGAUACCUCAAAAAAGAUUUUGUAAUGCACAAAAAGAAUGAAAAGACACGUCUCUUAGAUGAAAUCAAGAGUACUGGAAACGGCAGUAUCUGUUCAACUCUGAAGAGGAUCAUUCCAUAUGGGUUAGCAUAUCACCACAGUGGUCUUACUAAUGACGAAAGGAAGCUGAUUGAAGAAGCAUAUGCAAGUGGGGUGCUUUGUCUCCUGACCUGUACGUCUACUUUAGCUGCUGGAGUAAACCUUCCUGCACGGAGGGUUAUUCUGCGUUCGCCUUAUGUUGCCAGAGACUUCCUGAAAAGAAGUCAGUAUAAGCAGAUGAUAGGAAGAGCAGGUCGAGCUGGUAUCGAUACCUCUGGGGAGAGUAUUCUUAUUUUACAAGAAAAGGACAAGUUGCUGGCUAAGGAAUUAGUGAGCAGACCCCUGGAAAACUGCUGCAGCAAUCUCAUGUCUGACAAUGGAAAAGGUCUACCUAGUCUUGUCUUGUCUCUCAUUGGACUAAAGAUAACACAAACACCAAGAGAGAUUCUUGAGUUUGUAACGUGUACUUUGUUCAGCGUUCAACAAAAGCACAUUUCAAGUGAGAAGAGUCUGUCGGACAUCGUGAAUGAAUGCCUGGAAUUCCUAACUAAGAAAGGCCUCAUUAAAUGCUCAGACGUGAAUCAGGAAAAUGAAGCUGUUGAAGUCACCCAGUUGGGUCGGGCAACUUUUAAAGGUUCUAUAGACCUGACAUACUGUGACAUUCUGUAUAAAGAUCUAAAAGCUGGGCUUGAAGGUCUUGUUCUUCAAAGUGUCCUUCACUUGAUUUACUUGGUGACACCCUAUGAGAUCGUAUCUCAGUGUAAGCCAGACUGGAUGAUCUUUUUUAAGCAGUUUAAUCAGUUGACGUCUGCUGAACAGAAGAUUGUGGAGACCGUAGGAGUACCUGAAAGCUACAUCACAAAAAAAGCCUCUGGGCAAGCCAUCAGAACGGAAGUGGACAGUCUUAUUGUGAACAGGCUGUACCUUUCCCUUGUAUUGUUUGCUCUUCUAAAAGAAACCAAUAUCUGGAUUGUGGCCGAUAAAUUUAAUUUUGAUCGGGGCUUUGUACAGAAUUUACUUGGAUCAGCAUCAGCCUUUUGUUCAUGCGUUCUGCAUUUUACUGAGGAACUAGAGGAAUUCUGGGCGUACAGAGCUCUUUUUACUGAGGUCACCAAGAGGCUUACAUAUUGUGCUAAGGCAGAGCUGAUUCCUCUCAUGGAAGUGACAGGAGUGUUAGAGGCUCGUGCAAAGCAGUUGUAUAAUGCAGGGUAUAAAACGUUGGCCCAUCUUGCUAACGCUGACCCUGUGGUUCUUGUGAAGACCAUUAAUAAUCUUUCAAAACGACAGUCCAACCAGAUAGUUAUAUCGGCUAAAAUGCUUUUGAAAGAGAAAGCGGAGGCAUUGCAAGAGGAAGUGAAUGAGCUGCUGACUUUACCGGCUGAUCUGCCCUCACUGGAUGGUCUGUCAACAGAGGCAUCUGUAUAGCCUUCACUUCAAGGUGACGCCUUGUAAAUACUGUUGUAUAGCAUUUUAAUUUAUAAAUAACGUAUGAAAAUUAUUUUAAAAAUGUAUGAAAAUUAUUAAAAAAAAAUACUCUGCCUUGGUUGUCUUGGAUAAUUUUAAAU